AAUAGUCUUCCUCCUUACACGGAACUCCGAGAGAAGAGGGAAGUUCAGUUUGUUUACAUCGCAAGAAGAAACCUGUCUGAAGACUAGACACAAAUGGAUUAACUAAACGUCUGCUCUGUGGAGAUUUCAGUUUGAUGAGUGUAAGUCUUGUUUGCAUGAUUCUUACAUAUGACCUGAGUCCAUUGGAAAGCAGCACAAUGUCUCAGCUGCAGCAGCGGACCCAGCCCCUGUUGGACGUCCCGGCGCUGCAGUUCUGGCUUGACAAAGCAGUGGCUUGGGGCCAGGCUGACAGGCCCGACACUCUGAAAGACACCUGCCUGCACAUGAGCAGACUGAAGGAUUACCUCCAGCAACUUCUCCCACAUAUCAACAACAUGAGCUCCACAUCAGAGACCAUGAAGAGGCUGCCUCUCCUGGGCCAGUUCCUUGGCCGACUCUGCUGGAACCCUUGUGUGACUGCUGAUGCUCCGGGGAGAUGGCUGUUGUUUCAGUGUCUGUGGGGACUGUACUCGGAGCAUCCAGGCGAUGCUGUGGAAACAAAAGCAAAUCAGUGGAUACGGCUUCCACUCCCCACAAGACAAGAGUGCCGGGAAACCUAUUCACCACGGCUCAUCCCAUCUGGGGGAGCAGUGCAGAUGUAUGAUUUGAGGCCAGAGAUGGUCUGUCUCUGAGUUUCCGUCUGUGUCUGUGUUGUGUUGGACUGCCUCUCCUACAUCA